GUAGGAAGUAUCUGAGCCUGAACUGCUGGUUUCUGUUCCUUUACAUAAACUCUAUGGAUUAAAGCAAUUUUAUUCAACUUUUUUGUUUAUUGACCGCUAUAAAUGAGUUGCUCGGUGAUUUAAGCUGCAUGUCUGCAACUACUGGAAAUCUGUCGAACACUUAGAAUUACUUUUUUGUGAAGUAACUGCAAUAUUGCGACACAAUGGCCAACAUUUGUCCAAUUAAAAAUGUUGCAGAUUUAGUUUCUGAAGCUCGUCGUGUGUACCGGGACACGUUUGACGGGGACCAUGCAAAUGUUGCAGUUUGUGCUCCGGGCCGUGUGAAUUUAAUCGGAGAACACACAGAUUAUAAUGAAGGAUUUGUCCUCCCAAUGGCCUUGCCGAUGGUGACAGUUAUAGUGGGCAGCAAAAUUUCUGGCCAGAAGUGCUGUGUUGUAACUCUGACUGAAGCUGCCGAUGAGCCCAGGGUGGUGGACUUUGAUCUCCCAAAUGAACUGACCCCACUUUUAAGAGGGCAGCCAAACUGGGCCAAUUAUGUAAAGGGAGUUGUACAGCACUACAGAGCACGUCCCAUCCCUGGCUUCAGAGCUGUAAUAGCCAGUAGUGUGCCACUAGGAGGCGGACUCUCCAGCUCUGCUUCACUGGAAGUGGCUGUGUACACCUUCUUGCAGCAGUUGUGUCCAGAUGAUGGGGAUCAGGUAGCGAAGGCAGUGGCCUGUCAGCAGGCUGAACACACUCAUGCUGCUGUGCCCUGUGGCAUCAUGGACCAGUUUGUGUCCGUUUUGGGUAAAGAGGGCCAUGCUUUGCUCAUUGACUGCAGGUCUUUGGAGGCCACCGCUGUCCCUUUGGCUGACCCUGGACUUGUAAUCCUGAUCACAAAUUCCAACGUUAGACAUUCUCUCACAGGAAGCGAGUAUCCCACCAGACGAAAACAAUGUGAGGAGGCAGCAGCCGUUUUGAGCAAGAAAAGUCUAAGAGAGGCUACUUUACAAGAUUUAGAGGCUGCCAAGGAUCGAUUGGAUGGUGUGACAUACCGUCGCGCACGUCAUGUGAUCGAGGAGAUUGAACGCACAGCGCAAGCUGCCGAGGCACUGAAGAGAGGGGAUUACAAGGAGUUUGGGAGGCUGAUGGUGGAGAGCCACAAUUCUCUUAGGGAUAAUUACGAGGUCAGCUGUCCAGAAUUGGAUGAGCUGGUGGCGGCAGCACUGGAGGUGGAUGGAGUGUUCGGGAGUCGGAUGACAGGGGGAGGGUUCGGUGGAUGCACGGUUACUUUGCUUCAGGCUCAUGCCAUGGAGAGAGCAGUCAAACACAUACAGGAGAAAUAUCAUGGAUCUCCAACUUUCUUCAUAACUACCCCAUCAGAAGGAGCUCAUGCUCUCAGUCUAUGAUUUUAAACCAGUGCUAAACCAGUGAUUUUUCUUUCAAAUAAUUUGAAAUUUACUGUGAUCUACAUUU